UGCAAACAGUCCAAAAGUACCAGGCUCGCAUAACUCGCCGAGAGCUAACGUGAAUGAUGGCAGUGCGCGGUAUGGCGUCGUUCGCGGCGCAGGCGGCGCUGCGCUCGCGCUGGUCCAGCCUCAUCGAGUCCACCAGCGUCGACGUGCCCGGCGAGGUCACCGACGGGGUCCGCUCCGUCGUCGGAUGGCUUAAACAGGCGUCGUUAGAAGUACGCCAGGUGGGGCGGCGCGCGGUGAGCCAACUCUCUGGCCGAGGCAUGGACGAUGUGCUUAUCAUCCACUACAACGAUGUCUACAACAUUGAACAGACCACCAAAACGGAGCCGGUGGGCGGAGCCCUACGCUUCAGCACGGCGGUCAAAGCCAUGCAGCACUUGAAUCCAUUGGUGCUGUUCAGCGGAGACGUAUUCUCGCCUAGCAUGCUAAGCACAUAUACCAAGGGAGAACAGAUGGUGCCAGUUUUAAACGAAAUCGGAACACAUUGUGCUGUUUUUGGUAACCAUGAUUUUGAUUUCGGCCUAGAAGUCCUCUCAGGGCUAGUCGCUCAAUGCAACUUCCCCUGGCUGAUGUCCAACGUGAUAGACAACGAGACAGGCCGUCCCCUGGGCGACGGGCGCAUCACGCACGCUCUCCUGUGCAACGGCCACAAGAUCGGACUCAUAGGGCUUGUGGAACAGGAGUGGCUGGAGACGCUGGCGACGAUAAACCCGGAGGAAGUGACUUUCAUAGACUUUCUGCAGGCUGGGGCCAAACUGUCGGAACAACUCAAACAAGAGGGUUGCGAGUACGUGAUAGCCCUCACACACAUGCGGACCCCGAACGAUAUAAAACUGGCGGAGGGCAACACUGAGAUAGACCUCAUACUGGGCGGGCACGACCACGUUUAUGAGGUUAUUGAGGUAAACAACAAAUACAUAGUCAAGAGUGGCACAGACUUCCGCCAGUUCUCUAAGAUUAAUAUCAGCUUCGGGCCCGAUUCGACCCGUGUCGACAUUGCCGAUGUCCAUGUCACGAGCGCAUUCCCCGAGGACCCCGUGCUUAAGGCCAAGACAGACAAGUACUCAGCAAUGAUCGAAGGCAAAAUGGACGAAGUUCUGGGCAAGUUCUGCGUCCCUCUAGAAGGAAGGUUCUCCUGCAUCCGACGGCAGGAGUGCAACCUCGGCAACUGGAUCUGCGACGUGCUGCUGGCGGCCACGGGAGCCGACCUGGUGCUGCUUAACUCGGGCACUUUUAGAUCUGAUCAGGUGCACCCGGCAGGAGACUUUACCCUGCGAGACCUGGGGUCCAUUAUCCCCAUGCGGGACCCGAUAGUGGUCGUAGAGGCAACAGGGGCUGUCAUACUGCAAGCCUUAGAGAACUCAGUCAGCCAGUACCCGAGCCUGGAGGGUCGGUUUCCACAAGUGGCGGGCAUAUCGUUCGCGUUCGACCCGACUAAACCCGCCGGCGCGCGCGUCGCCGAGCAAGUCGUUAAGAUCGGAGAUGAGUACUUACAGAGGGAACAGCGAUACAGACUCGCCGUCAAAGACUACCUGUACAGGGGAAACGAUGGGUUUAACAUGCUACCCGGCUGCAGGCUACUGGUAUCAGAAGACCUGUGCCCGGAGAUCGGGCUGGCGGUGCAGAACCACUUCGCAGCCAUCAACGUGCGCUCCGGGCGAGCGAGGGCUUCUAAGCACCGCCAGUCGCUAGUCACCCUCAGCCGCAGACACAGCCUGGUGAAGAUGCUGGACGUGUCGGAGCUGGACGGGCCGCCGCCGCUGCGCCGCGCCUCCUCCGCCGCCGAGCCGCCCCCGCACCCGCACCCGCACCACCGGUUGACUCGUCGCGCGUCGCUCGACGACUUAGAACAGCAGUCGUGCGAGCUCGCGCCCAAAAUAGAGAACAGGAUCAUACUCAUCGACAAACCCGAGACUCUGCAGGCGCUGGUGGCUGAACGCGCGCGCUGGGAGGCCGACACGGCCAUCGCGGAAGUGGACGACGAGAACUCGCCUUAAUCUCGCGAUCAAUCGAC